UCCUUCCCUCCCCACACUGUUCGAGCCAGCUACGUCAUCGCCUAUGGUCGCAACUGCUGCAUCGAGACAACAACAACAACAACAACAGUGACCUUUGACAUUUCACCAACCCAUAUUGGAGCUCUGUCGUACUUUGGUCUCAAUCGCCACCAUGCCGAAAGCAUUGAUCCUAGUCGCAGACGGCUCAGAGGAGAUCGAGUUUGUCACUCCAUACGAUAUCCUCACCCGCGCUGGCUUCGAAAUCCAAUCCGCAGGCGUCAACCUCAAGAACGAAAACUAUGCACACAUGACACGCAACAUCCGCAUCGUCCCCGACCACCCCACCCUCUCCUCCGUAAGCAACCCAGAGAGCUACGACACCCUGAUCCUCCCAGGCGGGGCUCCUGGCGCCAAAACAUUCAGUAACUCCAACGACGUCCUCCAACUCAUCGCUUCCUUCCGGGCACAGGGUAAGUACGUAGCCGCCAUCUGCGCAGGCACAACGGCGCUUGUUGCGGCGCAGAAGCUUGCGGCUUCGAGCAAGACGGAGAGUGGCGCGAGUCAGAAGGUCAAGAUUACGAGUCAUCCGAGUGUGAAGGACGAGAUUAAGGAGGCGGGGUGGGAGUAUAGUGAGGAGAGGGUUGUUGUUGAUAGGAGGGUGGUUACUUCGAGAGGACCUGGCACAGCGAUGUUGUUCGCACUUACGAUUGUAGAGGUGCUGGUAGGCAAGGAGAAGAGGGAUGAGAUUUCAGGACCACUCAUCGUAGCGGAUAAUUUGUGAGCAUAACCUUGAAACUCCUUUUUGCGCUCAGUAUAGAUUGGUCGUGGUGCACAGAAAGAUCAGCAACUACUUCGUAAUCCUUCAUUUCCCGGAAGCGUGCAGCCGAGUCACACCGUUGGUGUACUUACUUCACACAAUGAAGAGGUAAUUAGAGUUUUGAUGUAUGCAGACAUUGUCAUGAGUUCUAUCUG